AUGGAGAAUUCCCAGCUGUGUAAGCUGUUCAUCGGCGGCCUCAACGUGCAGACGAGUGAGUCGGGCCUGCGCGGCCACUUUGAGGCCUUUGGGACCCUGACGGACUGCGUGGUGGUGGUGAACCCCCAGACCAAGCGCUCCCGCUGCUUCGGCUUCGUGACCUACUCCAAUGUGGAGGAGGCCGAUGCCGCCAUGGCCGCGUCUCCCCAUGCCGUGGACGGCAACACGGUGGAGCUGAAGCGGGCGGUGUCCCGGGAGGAUUCGGCGCGGCCCGGUGCCCACGCCAAGGUGAAGAAGCUCUUUGUCGGCGGCCUUAAAGGAGACGUGGCCGAGGGCGACCUGAUCGAGCACUUCUCGCAGUUCGGCACCGUGGAGAAGGCCGAGAUUAUCGCCGACAAGCAGUCUGGCAAAAAGCGAGGCUUCGGCUUCGUGUAUUUCCAGAAUCACGACGCGGCAGACAAGGCCGCUGUGGUCAAGUUCCAUCCGAUCCAGGGCCAUCGCGUGGAGGUGAAGAAGGCCGUCCCCAAGGAGGAUAUCCACUCCGGCGGGGGCGGCGGCGGCUCCCGGUCGGGCCGGGGCGGCCGGGGCGGCCGGGGCCGCGGCGGUGGUCGCGACCAGAACGGCCUGUCCAAGGGCGGCGGCGGCGGUUACAACAGCUACGGUGGUUACGGCGGCGGCUACAAUGCCUACGGCGGCGGCGGCGGCGGCUCGUCCUACGGUGGCAGCGACUACGGGAACGGCUUCGGCGGCUUCGGCAGCUACAGCCAGCACCAGUCCUCCUACGGGCCCAUGAAGAGCGGCGGCGGCGGCGGCGGCGGCAGCAGCUGGGGCGGCCGCAGUAACAGUGGACCUUACAGAGGCAAAACUUUUGAAAUGGUGGAUGUGGCUUUUUAG